AUGUUGAUCAUAGAACCCAGGGGUUGCGUGAACGUAUAUAUACACUCAGGUGACUUUGCUGUACUUCUGAAGGCGGGCAUGACUGUGAAGCAGGCCAUUGUUUACAACCUCCUCUCUGCCAUGAUGGCUUAUGUGGGAAUGUUAAUAGGAACAGCUGUGGGACAAUACGCAAAUAAUAUCACUCUUUGGAUCUUUGCAGUCACUGCUGGCAUGUUCCUCUACGUGGCCCUUGUGGACAUGCUUCCAGAGAUGCUUCAUGGGGAUGGAGACAACGAAGAGCACGGUUACUGUCCGGUGGGUCAGUUCAUCCUCCAGAACUUGGGGCUUGUCCUAGGUUUUGCCAUCAUGCUCGUGAUUGCCCUUUACGAAGACAAAAUAGUGUUGGACAUUCAGUUUUGAAAUUUUCCAGUACUCAACUGUGAUUGCAGUCAUGCUACUGUUAAGACUUUUUUUAAGUCUGCCCUGCGGUACUGUAUGCACAUCAGUUCCCAGACAAAGCAGUGACACACACUGAUUUAUCAGUAACCGUAUUUUGGUAUCUGUUCCAACAGGCUCUGCUUCUUUCCAGCUCCUGGAAAGGAAGAGGCAAACAAAAGACGAUUGAUUUGGUCCAGCGUUUUCCUUUUUAAAAAAAAAAAAAAAAUCAGGUUGUGUUGGAAGCAGAGCAUGUAGACAUGAUGCAUGAGAUGCUGUUGUAAACAUAUCAUUUCUAUUUGGCUCUGGCAACGGGCAGCAGAAAUCCCACCCCCUCCUGACAAAGCCUUUUGUGUUGUACUUGAGCAAAUGGUGAAAGGCAGCCCUAUAUACCCACAGAGCUCACGUGCCAAGCUAGGUCAUUGCCCGGGCUCCUUGUCCCAGCCUGUAACACACACACACAGGCUCGCAACUGAAAUUAGUUGGCAGUGCACAACUAGAACCAUUCUGGGAAGGGGUCACCUUUUCAAUGUUUUUUUUUUAAACAAAGCAAAAAAAGGAUGAAUAGUCUAGCAUGUUAUUAUUGGAUUGCAUUUGCUCCCAGCCCUGAUGCCUUGCUCAGUCGGCUUUUUUUGCGAUGCGCUGAAUGGUAUGACCAAAGUAAAACUGGGUGUUUUUCUGGUUCAGCCACUGAAUUGAACUUUCUUCCCCCUUUCCUCGCUCCUUGCCAAUCAGCUGUUUAAUAACAGGGUUUCGAGCAUGUGUUCUUGUCUGCAGCCACUAUUAUGCAACUCGGCGGUUACUAGCUCCUUUGCAAAUCUUUUGAGCCCCUUCGUUAUUACGGUGGUAUUGUACUCUUUUGAAGCCCAAGGAAAAGCAGGCUGCAGAUCUCUGAAUCAAGCCUGUGUACCUUGGGGAGGGGUGGGGUUGGAAAGUAUUAGCUAUUUCAUGCUAGCUUGUGGGAGAUGGAUUAGCAAAAUAGCUCAAAUAUUGCUUGUGGACUCCCUCCAAUCCCCUGGCUGCGGCUGUGGGGCAGAUAGCAGUGCUGAUUUUGAGCAGUUCAUACUUUCUUCUCUGUUACUAAGAGAGGUCCUGCCAAGAGUUUCUUUGACAGCAGCCCUUUUUCAUGUUUGUUUGACAUGAUUCUUGAGAACAGUUUGGAAUGUAUGAAUCCAGUGCCGUUUACCUUUGGUACAUCUGCAGCCGCUUGACAUUGGGAAUUUUCUCCCCCAGGCCCCUUUUCAAAGAUUGCUUUCGUUGUUUUGAACUUUCUUUUAUGCGACUGGGCUUUCGUCUCUUGCCUGUGUGGCAGCUGGGUUCUUUCUGCAAUGUAGAAGACCCGAGGUCUCCUCCCAGAAGCCAAGCAGGCGACUUCCUGUCUUGGCGGGGCUUCCUGCCCAGCAGGGAGACCUGCU